CCAAUCAGCUGUCCUGUCCCGGGCUGUGUGGGUGUGUCUCUCUGACUGUUCUCUUUGCAUUCCUCUGCAGGCAUCUCAAUAACAAUAGAAUCCGCACCCUGGGAACGCAGUGCUUUGACGGCCUUCACAGCCUGGAGACUCUAGAUCUCAACUACAACAACCUGGAAGAGUUCCCUAUUGCAAUCAGAGCCCUGAGCACCCUGAAGGAGCUGGGUUUCCACAGCAACAACAUCAAGUCCAUUCCCGAGCAGGCCUUCACUGGACACUCCACUCUUCUGACAAUAUUCUUCUACGACAACCCCAUUCAGUUUGUUGGCCAGUCGGCCUUCCAGCACCUCCCUGAGCUGCGGACACUAUCUCUGAAUGGUGCAGCAGAAAUCACAGAGUUCCCGGACCUCACUGGCACCAAGAGUCUUGAGAGCCUGACCAUCACUGGAGCUCGCAUCACAUCCCUACCUACCACUGUGUGUGACCAACUACCCAACCUGCAAGUGCU